AUGGCACGCCAACAUUCGCGCUCGUCGCGGGAGCACACUGCGAGAGGGCACACGUCGCGAGAGUACACGUCGCGCGAAUACACAACGGAGAAACCACGCAGACAUUCACAUCAAAACGGUUCGAGCAGUCCAAGAAACAGUCCUGCAGGCGCAUUGCCGCAGUACAACCAUAACGGGCAUGAGGUUACUAAGGGCAUUCACCCCGAUGGUGAGAGUGGUAGAAGGGGCUUCCACCCAUUGAAGUUCCUGAAGAUCGCCUUCAAAAGCAGCAGCACGCCCUCGAUGAUGGCCAAUACGCUUUGGCCCAUUGUCCCUGUUGCAAUUGCUCUGCAUUUCGCAAAACCAGAAUGGGAGCUUGCCAUCUUCAUCACCAACUUCAUCGCCAUGGUCCCCGCUGCCAACAUGUUGGGCUUUGCUGGUCAAGAGCUGUCGCGCAAGAUGCCUCAGAAGGCUAUCGCCGUCGUCUUAGAAACCACACUGGGCUCUGUGGUCGAGAUCAUCCUCUUCAUGGUGCUGCUCAAGACAGACAGGGAAGGGUCGAACGUGCAAGUCAUCAGAGCUGCCAUUCUCGGUUCGAUCCUGGCCAACCUCCUCCUCUGCCUCGGAUCAUGCUUCGUCGCCGGCGGUAUCAAGAACGAUGUUCAGGAGUUUCACGAAGCUGUCUCGGAGUCUGGAAGUGGUUUGAUGCUCGUUGCGUCAAUGGCGCUGGUUCUGCCAGCCGUAUUCGCCAAGUACUUGAUGAACAACACAGAUUACACCUUCCCGACAGCGAACUUUGUUGUCGACAACGCGACUAAGAUCUCGCGUGGUGUCGCGAUCAUCUCGCUUGUCGGCUAUCUCAUCUACGUCGCCUACCAAACCAUCUCUCAUGAUGGCCUUUUUCACGAGAUCUACGAGGCAGAUGAGCACAAGGAUCUGGACCGCCACGAGGAGCUGAGGAAGCCGAAGCUAACACUGACGGAAGCAUUCAUUGCUCUUAUCAUCUCUUUGGCUUGCGUCUCGUUGAUAGCUAUCUUCUUGGUCCAGCAAAUUGAGUUCAUUGUUUCUCGUGGCAUCAGUGAUGCCUUUGUGGGUCUUAUCUUGAUCCCUCUCGUUGAGAAAGUCGCAGAACAUCUUCUAGCCAUCGAUGAAGCCUACGAUAAUCAAAUUAACAUGGCCAUGGCCCACGUCAUGGGUGCGUCCAUCCAGACUGCUUUGUUCAACGCUCCUCUUGUCGUCCUCGUUGGUUGGGGUCUCGGUGUGCCACACAUGGACUACAGCUUCGCCAUCUUCGACGCUGUUGCCCUUGUUCUUGCCGUGCUCGUGGUUGGAUCAUUCCUCCGCGAUGGCAAGUCGAAUUACUUAGAGGGUGUGUUGUGCAUCAUGGUGUACAUCAUCAUCGCCAUUUGCGCAUUUUACUUUCCGAAUCCCGCCCACGCUGCGGAGAGCGGAAGCGCUGAGGGUGGCCAUUGA